AUGGACAACGACGACGACUGCCGCGCCGACGCCUCCCCUGCCGGAUGUUUUGGCGGGCUCGCCAGGGCUCCUGCGGGGGAAGCCCUCCAUCGCAAGCUGCCUGAUGGUGUCGACGGCUCGGACGAUCGCAACCAGCACGGACAGCCGAACCAAGACCACGACAACUCCGAGCACCACCGCGUCACUAUGCCGCAGCGCCAAGCAACCGGUCCCCCUCGCGAGCCCGCCAGGGCGCGGGUUAGCUGGAAGGAAGCAGCAGCUGUUCCUGGAGAAAAACCGUGCCGUUUCUGCGGCCUCGAGGUACGAUCUUUCCUCGCCACGUGUACGGAAUGUGAUGAAUCAUUCUGUGGAGCGAAGGGACUUCUUGACAAGACACAUGUCGCCGCCCAUAACCACCAUUGGCACCAUCAUGUGUUCUUGCUCUCGUGCGGCCGGCGGAUCGAAUACGCGUGCGAUUGGUGUGGGACGGAAGGGACCAGCCCAACGGACAGCGUACUUCCCGAACCACCCGCCGAGUUUCAACAAGGGCUUCAUCAGCUGACACAGCCUGAAGUUAAAAAACUGACGAAGUCGAAGCUUCGCCUGCCUCGCAAGUCCCACUGUGAUCGUCGGCCCAACCAGAACCUCCCGCCUAACCAAUCCACGGAGCUGAAGGUUGUCUGCGAAGAGGAAGAACAGCACACGCCUGGAAGGGAAUUUGCUACUCCGGAUGCAUAUGCGCAAUGUUUCACCCGACUGCUUGAAUGGAACCGAGAAGCAGAGGAGGCGCGGGUUGCCGCUCAAGCGCAAGAUGUUUACAAUGUGAUAUGGUUCUACGACGAGGAGAACCAGCCGUGCGCACGCUUCAAGCUGCCGUUGUAUGAUGAGUUAGGGAUGCGGUUGGCGAUCGGCGACCAGCUUGAGUUAUAUGGGAAGAUCGUCGACGGCUGCUUGAGUCGUCGUGACAAGGGUAUCGUCACCAAGGCUCCAGUCGAUGCCACGGACUACGUCGUGAUCCAUCUCGAGCACGGCUACACGCCGGGAGAGUCAGAGAAGCACUGGCGCUGCGUCGUGCUCUUCGACGACUCCACUUACAAGAGGACGACGGCAGCGCUUCAGCAAUUCCGGGAUUCUGAUUCCCUGAAUCCGGAAAUCCAAGCGCUCAUUCUAGGAAACACCACGACCACGCAAGUCACUGAGCUGCCCCAUGACUUCUCCACAACUGCAUCAACAUCGCUGAACGACAGCCAGCUCCAGGCGAUUCAGCUCGCGGCCACCCACCGUCUAUCGCUGAUCCAGGGGCCGCCGGGGACCGGAAAAACUACAACUUCGGCACAGUUGGUCCAGAAGCUGCGCCGUCUUUUCGGACAAAUGGUGCUGGUCUGUGCCCCUUCUAACACGGCUGUCGACACCUUGGCUGCUCGGAUCGCAGCAACCGGCCUCACAGUUAUCCGCUUUGUAUCGAAGAGGCGAGACCCCGACACCGAUCCGCUCCGGCACCUGCGGUACGAGGAGAAGAUAAAGCACCACCGUUCGCGGAACAUCAACAUGGCGAGGUUCCACGAGCUACGCACUCAAAAAGAAAUCUCCGGCCUGGACCCCGCUCAAUGGAAAGAGUUUUCCCGAAUGGAGCGUCAAGUGCACUCAGAGAUCUUCGCAGUGACAGACGUCGUCUGUGCGACAUGCGUCGGCGCCGUCUCGCCGGUUAUCAGGGACCUACACUGCAAGAUCCUGCUCAUCGACGAGGCCACUCAAGGCACGGAGCCAGAGCUCCUGAUACCGAUGAUGCGAGGCAUCGAACGGCUCAUCCUCGUCGGCGAUCAUCGGCAACUGGGCCCUGUCGUUUUAUCCCAAAGAGCAGCGGCUGGCGGGCUGGCAACAUCCCUCUUUGAGCGCCUUCUCCAGCUCGGCCACCCCUCCACGAUGCUCAACGUCCAGUACAGAAUGCACGCUGCUCUUGCGGCCUUCCCCAGCACAGCAUUCUACGGCGGAAAACUGCUGAAUGGCGUCACGGAAGCCCAGCGCACCAGCCCCUCUUGGACGUGGCCAGCCGGACCCCAGAUGCCCUGCGCCUUCCUACAUCACGUGCAUCCCGAGGUCAAGGGCGAGCACGGGUCGGCAGCAAACCCGGGAGAGGCCGAACUCGUGGCGGGUCUGGUGAAGAUGCUGCUGCUGCAGCAUCGUGCGAGCGAUAUCGGCAUCAUCACCUCAUACGACGCGCAGCGCAGACUGCUGCGCAAAAACCUCGAGCUUGACCGCGCCUUCGAUGGGGUCGAACUACAGAACGUGGACGCCUUUCAGGGAAAGGAAAAGGAAUUCAUCCUGAUUUCCACCGUCCGCUCAAAUGCCCUGGGGUUCCUAAAUGAUGCGCGCCGACUGAACGUGGCCAUCACCCGAGCGAAGCGAGGCCUUAUUAUCUUCGGCAACGGCCAUCUGCUGAGCACGGAUCCGUUGUGGGCCGAACUUCUAAAGUACUACGAGAGGAGCGGCGUGAUCGUCGACGCCCAGCGACAUUCGCCC